AUGGCCGAUGCGCAGUCAUCUAUUACCGUCGCGGUUCGCGUUCGGCCAUUCACGAUCCGAGAAGCAGCACAAGUUCACCGAACCGAUGACAACACGCUCUUUCUUGGCGAUGGCUCUCUUGCAGGAGCGCCAGCCCCCAAGCUGCACCAGCGCGGCAUUCGAAAUGUGAUCAAAGUCAUGGACGAGCGUUGCCUCGUGUUUGAUCCGCCCGAAGAUAGCCCUGUUCACAAAUUCUCCCGAUCGGUUAUCCCCGCCUCGAAAAAGGUCAAAGACCAGAUUUUCGCAUUUGAUCGUGUCUUUGACGAAAAUACUACGCAGUCCGAUGUCUACGAGGGCACAACCAAGAACCUGCUCGAUAGCGUCCUAGAUGGCUACAACGCCACAGUCUUUGCUUACGGCGCCACGGGUUGCGGAAAGACACACACAAUCACCGGAACGCCACAGUCGCCAGGUAUCAUCUUUCUCACAAUGCAGGAGCUUUUCGAAAAGAUUGGAGAGCGGAGUCAGGAUAAGUCGACCGAAGUCAGCCUGAGCUACCUGGAAAUCUACAACGAAACUAUUCGUGACUUGCUAGUUCCAGGAGGUAGCAAAGCUGGAUUGAUUUUACGUGAAGACAGCAACCAGGCAGUCACUGUUGCUGGCCUGACAAGCCACCAUCCCAAAGACGUGCAGGAAGUCAUGGAUCUUAUUGUUCAAGGAAACGAAUACCGCACAGUAUCCCCGACGCAAGCCAACGCUACUUCUUCUCGAUCUCACGCUGUUCUGCAAGUCAAUAUUGCGCAGAAAGACAGAAACGCGGACCUCAACGAACCUCAUACGAUGGCGACACUCAGCAUUAUUGAUCUCGCUGGGUCUGAGCGAGCCUCAGUGACAAAGAACCGUGGUGAACGCCUCACAGAAGGCGCCAACAUCAACAAAUCGCUUCUCGCCUUGGGUGGCUGUAUCAACGCACUUUGCGACCGUCGGCAGCGUGCGCAUGUCCCAUACCGCAACAGCAAGCUCACGCGACUUUUGAAGUUCUCUUUGGGCGGCAACUGCAAAACGGUCAUGAUUGUUUGUGUUUCCCCCUCUAGUGCCCAUUUUGACGAGACGCAAAACACCCUUCGUUACGCGAACCGAGCCAAAAAUAUCCAGACCAAGGUUACCCGAAACGUCUUCAAUGUGAACCGCCAUGUCAAGGACUUUUUGGUCAAAAUUGAUGAACAAAUGGCACUCAUCACCGAGCUAAAGGCUCAACAAAAAGACGCCGAAAAGAUCUUCUUUGCGAAAUUCCGCAAACAGUAUGACAAGAGAGAUUCUGUCGCCAGAGAAGGAGUGCAGCGUCUACGCACAGCCUACGAUAAUGCCGCUGCUGAUAGACACGAGCGCAUCCAAAACAUGAAGCGACUCAAAGGCUUUGAGAGACGAAUUUCCCUCCUGACUGGCUGGGUGGCAGCUUUCGAUGCAGUGUGUGAGCAAAGGGCCGAUAUUGGUCCAAUGCCGGACAAUCUAUCUGCUGUUCGCAAAACUGCCCAGGGCAUCCUCAUCGAGUUGGAGCAUAGCCGCCAGCAUAUUCACCAAAAAUUGGAACACUCUACUUGGGAACGCCACAUUGAUACUGCCUUGGCUCAUAGCAUCCAGCAGCUGCAGACCACCGAAGGAUCCGACACGGGAGAGGUUAAUGAUCUCAACCGCGAAGCCGAGCUGAUCAAGGCAAACUUUAGCCGCGAAGCGUACCACGAAGUCCUGGAGCAAGAGAAAGUUGGCGACGCGGCUAUGCUGCAGAUGUUGCUGACUGCCCAGUUCGAAAUUCUGACGUCGCUUUCCGAUAUAUUGGCUAUGGACGAACGGAGCGCGGUGGCCCAUGCAAAGGGAGUCUUUACCAAACUACUGCACACUGGCUUCAAUUCGGCGUCACAAAUCGUCAAACCUGACGGCUCUGUCCCCAUAAGAGAGUCUAGUUCCUUUUUGCGAAAGAGUUCGCCGAGGAAGAACUCUCUCUUCGGACAAGCCAAGGCGUUCGAGGCUCCAGUGCCUGAGACCCAGAGUGCCAUCUCCAGCCCUCUAAAGUCUUCACCGAAAAGGCGUAAGGUGCUUACUUCGGCCAAGAAGGCUGUCACUUUUACUCCAGUGAAGAAGAGCAAGAAGAGUGGCGUGAGAUGGCGAGAUGAUGAGACAGAGGAGGGCACCCUGGCAGACUUUGAAAAGACGCCUAAGAAUCUCAAGAACAAUUCGCCCGAGAAGGUAUUGGAGCCCGCCAACAUCAUCGAGCAAUCUGCAGAAGAUACCACAGUCUCGAGCCACGACCAGUCUACGGAGGAUGAGUCAACCUUGGUUAUUCCAGAUGCGACUAGCCUAGGCGCUGCAAAACCCAGCCGCUUCCAGGCAGGAUUCCUUAGCAAAUCGUCACGACCUUCCAUGCUUCCAACUGGAUCACCACUACCCCAGCCGCCCACGCUCAGCCUGAGUCUCUCGCCAAGCUCUCCAGAAACGGAGAGGACCUCCCCUCUCCGAACACUCGACGUCACUAAGAGCGGCAACAAGUCGCCACCGCCGUUGUCACAGGGAACUAGAAACAGUCCCCAGCACUCUUUGCAGACAAUUAUGGAUGAGAAUUGCCCACCCUCAGCUGGUGCUUCCGGGUCAGACUCAGAUUCCAGUCUGCUUGACCCGCGUAAGCUUCGCAAUGCUAUGCACUCGGCCAAGAAGGAGCUGCCUCGUAGAGUGAGCGCCCUUGCGCCUGCAUCUGCAUCUGGCGCGAGGCGCAUAUCUUCGGUUGGGCCGACGAUGGGUGAUCGCACGGGGGCUCGUCCUAGCAUGCCGAGUUCUCUUGCCAGCUCAACCAAUGGUAUUUCGCGACACCGUCGAGGAAGCUUGGAGCGGAAGCGGAAUCCACCCAUGUCGUGCUCGCCCUCAGAAUGGAAGGAGCGCAGCCUCACUGCCUCGCAGGCUAGACGAAUGAAUCUCGGCGGCAGUAUUCGUGCCGAGAAUACGGGCUCCAGCCCACGGGAUCAGAUGGCCAGCCAGACUCGCCGCGUCACUAUUAGCGUCGGAGCGCCUGUUUCGGCUCAGCGACGACAAGAAAGCAAGGGAAAUACGGCCCUGCGAUGA